AUGUCGUUCUAUCUGCGAGUUGCUCGGGGCUUCUCGAACCCUCUAAAGCACCAACGAUUCCUCGUCCGUGCCUUCUCAAGCACCCUCCGCCGAAAUGAGAUCAACAAAGUCCUCCCAUCCGCUGCGGAAGCGAUCAAGGACAUGAAAUCCAAUUCCACUCUCCUUGCCGGCGGGUUUGGCCUCUGCGGUGUCCCAGAUACCCUGAUUGACGCUGUACAUGCCAACAAGUCUAUCACAGGACUAACCGCAGCAGCGGACAGAUCAAGAAGAUGGUCGCCAGCUACGUCGGAGAAAACAAGACUUUCGAGCGCAUGUAUCUCGGCGGCCAAAUUGAACCUCGAAAUUGACGCCUCAGGGAAACUCUGGCUGAACGCUGUCGUGCCGGUGGUGCUGGGCAUCCCUGCCUUCUACACCCCCGCCGCAUUUGGAACCGUCGUCCAAACGGGCAACCUGCCGCUGAAACACAACGCGGAUGGAACCGUCGCUGCUUAUGGUGCACCAAGAGAUGUCAAGGUCUUCGAUGGCAAGAGUUACGUCAUGGAGGAAGCCAUCAAAGGAGACUAUGCUUUCGUCAAGGCCUGGAAAGCAGAUAGACUCGGUAACUGCCAGUUCCGCUUCGCAGCCGCGAACUUCAAUGGCGCUAUGGGCCGCAAUGCGAAGAUGACCAUCGUCGAGGCUGAGCAUAUCGUCGAGGUCGGCGAGAUUGACCCGGCUGCUGUGCACUUGCCAGGCAUCUAUGUUAAGCGCGUCGUUCAGAGCACGAAGGAGAAGAAGAUUGAGAAAUACACUUUUGCCAAGGAGGAUGGUGAGGGAGCCGAUCUCUCUGCGCUUGGUAAAGGCGAUGUUGCUAGUAAGCGGGAGCGUAUUGUCCGCCGCGCCGCGAAGGAGUUCAAGAAUGGCAUGUAUGCGAACCUGGGCAUUGGGAUGCCCAUGCUCGCUCCUAGUUUUGUGGACCCGUCUGUGGAGGUACAGCUGCAGUCUGAGAAUGGCAUUCUCGGGCUGGGCCCGUAUCCGAAGCGUGGCAUGGAGGAUCCAGACUUGAUCAACGCGGGCAAGGAGACCGUUACGCUUCUGCCCGGUGCAUCGUGUUUUGGUAGCGACGAAUCGUUUGGCAUGAUCCGCUCUGGACGGGUUAAUUUGACGAUCCUGGGUGCCAUGCAAGGAUGCUUCCCGGCAAGAUUAAGGGCUUCGGCGGUGCCAUGGACCUCGUCUCCAAUCCCACUGCCACCAAAGGUUGUCGUCACCAUGGAACACACCGAUAAGAAGGGCAACCCCAAGAUCCUCAAGCAGUGCGAGUUCCCACUGACUGGCCGAGCGUGCGUGAGCCGCAUCAUCACCGAGCUCUGUGUCUUUGAUGUCGAUUUCACGGACGGCCUGACUCUGGUUGAGCUUGCGGAUGGCGUGACGGUUGAUGAGGUGAAGGCGAAGACGGAGGCACCGUUUAAGGUUGCCGAUGUGGUUCAACCGAUGUUGUGA